UAAAUGUAAUUUUGGUUUUCCUAUUUCCUCUUCCUCUACUUCGCUUUCAAUCAAGCACCCUUCACACCUUUUGCUUCUGUCAUGAAAGGCCCUUUUCAAAAGAAUCUUUUUUCUGCACUGAUAGAUAAGUACCAUCCUGUUUCUCUGCGAUCCUUUCCCCAAUCUCUUUUUGCUUGUCUCUCUCAAGCUGCUACAUUGCGCCACAAAACCCCCAUGCCUCUCCCUUUCUCUUCAUUCCCUUUCUGCUCUAUCAGUCUUAUUUGGGGGUCCCUAGUCCCUUCGUUUCUACAACUCUGGGAGAAGCUUUGAGCAGCAUGGACGUUGCAGGUUCCAGGAGAUCCAGCAGAGACACGAGCCCAGAUCGUGUCAAAAUUUGCAGGCUUAAUCAUAAUAAUAAUGUCAGACCUCUUAAAAAAGUUCAAGUUGUUUACUACCUCUCGCGGAGUGGCCUCUUGGAACAUCCUCAUUACCUGGAAAUCACUCUCUCCGCCAACGAACCUCUUCGAUUGAAGGAUGUGUUGGAUCGGCUAGUUGCCAUGAGAGGGAGUGGCAUGCCUACACUGUAUUCUUGGUCUUGCAAAAGGAGCUAUAAGAGAGGUUAUGUGUGGUACGAUUUGGCAGCCAAUGACAUAAUAUAUCCUUCAGAAGGAGCAGAAUAUGUACUCAAAGGAUCUGAGAUUGUGGAAGAUUGCUCAGAAAGAGUUCAACAGACGCGACUGAGUAAGCGAUCGCAAGCAGCUUAUCAAGACCCAGCUUUCAAUACCAGUCGAAAAUCUUUCCAUUCCAGUCUACACAGGGAAGCUGAAGAUUUUCAAGAGUACGAAGAACAAGAAGAGUACUAUGAAGAUGGAGAGAAAACAAGCAACACGAGCUCCACCACCACGCCACACUCUCGCUGUUCCAGAGGCGUCUCCACCGGCGAACUCGAAGAAGAUCACGAACCAAAGCCUCACUCGCAGAUCAAAACAGUCAAGGUAACUGUAAACCACGCUCCACCGCCUUCCCCCUCGCCGGCCACAUCCACGCUGGCGGACAAGUUACAGCAAAAAGUGAAAAUAAAGGAAACAAACAACAGCUCGAAAAGAUUUGAGGAUGGGUUAGAGCCGAGUCGGAGCUCGAUUCUACUUCAGCUGAUAGCUUGCGGCAGCUCGGCGGUGUCGAAGGCUAAAAACGCACCGUGCAUGAGCAAUGGGGUGAAGAAGAGGGAAGGUAACAGUGAGAUUAGUGUGAGGAAGAGAGAGGCUGUGAAGGUGUCGGAGGAGGAGAUGAUAAAGUGCAUGUCGGAGAAUCCGAGGUUCGGGAAUUUGCAGUCGGAGGAGAAGGAAUACUUCAGCGGAAGCCUGGUGGAGUCAAGAAAGGAGAACCGGGUUCACUCCGAGGCCGUGCUCAAGAAAUCCAACUCGUACAACGAGGAAAGGAGCAGCAAGGCAGGGAUAGGUGAAGAAGAGGAAGAUAAGGAGGAGGAGAAGGAGAAAGGAGGAAGCAAAGGAAAAUGCAUUCCUCUUAGUAAUAAAAAAAGUGUCAGAAAAUGAAAAAAAAAUCUCUCUCCAUAUAUAUAUGGAUAUGAUAUGAUGAUGGGAUGUCGAAUUAUGGAGCGGUGAAUUAAUUAGCGUACUCUUUACCAUCAGAAUCAUCACGUGGUUAUGUUUAUUCGUACUGCUUGGAAUGCACUUUCGUUAAUAAUUAUUUGUG